AUGAUUAGAAAACUUUUUAUUGUCCUGCUUUUGUCGUCUGUGACUCUUGGAGAAGCCAGGAAAUCCUUUCUCAGUUUGCUGAACAUAGAAAAGACUGAAGUACUGUUUUUCACAAAGUCGGAAGAAACCGUUGUUGUAAGGUCAAGUUACAGAGAUAAACAACCAAACUCCAGCUACCUCCUGGUGCAACUGGAAGAUGAUAAAAUGCUCCAAGUGGUGAAUGUGACCAAGACCUUGUCGGACGUGACCAACUUUACCAUAAAUCUGGUGACAGAUGGAGACGGAGAGACAAAUCUGACCGUUCAGCUGUGGGAUUUGGAAGGUAGGCACGAAAGGCUCAUUGAAGAGAUAAAGAAUGUCCGAGUCAGAGUGCUCAAACAGAGACAAGACAGUCCUUUCCCGGCAUCAAACCUCAUUGACAGAAACAUCCUAAUGCUUUUUCUGCCAAUGAUACUGUUAAAUAAAUGUGCGUUUGGUUGCAAGAUUGAGUUCCAGGUGUUUGAAACAGUGUGGAAGAGACCUUUGCCGGUAGUUCUUGGGGCGGUUAUACAGUUUUUUCUUAUGCCAUUUUGCGGAUUCCUUCUGACGCAGAUUUUGGCCUUGCCUGAGGCACAGGCUUUUGGAUUUAUAGUCACCUGCACGUGCCCAGGUGGUGGUGGGGGCUACCUCUUUGCUCUGCUUCUAGAAGGAGAUGUCACUUUGGCCAUCCUCAUGACUUGCACGUCAACGUUUCUGGCCCUGGUAACGAUGCCUACCAAUUCGUACAUAUACAGUAGAAUCUUAGGGUUAUCAGGUACACUGCAUAUUCCUAUUUCUAGAAUUAUGUCAACCCUCCUCUUCAUCCUCGCACCAAUGUCAGUGGGAAUAGCCAUCAAGCAUAGACUGCCUAAAAAAGCAAACUUCUUGGAGAGGAUCAUCAGACCUCUGAGUUUUAUUUUAAUGUUUAUAGGGAUUUAUUUGACUUUCAGCAUGGGAUCGGUGUUUCUGAAAACAGUGAACCUCGAGGUGCUUCUGUUGGGUGUCUUAGUUCCUGCUUUGGGUUUGUUGUUCGGGUACUUUUUCGCUAAAAUUUCUAUGCUGCCUCUUCCUGUUUGUAAAACUGUCGCUAUUGAAGGUGGGGUCCUGAAUAGUUUCUUAGCGCUUGCCAUCAUUCAGCUUUCCUUUUCCCAGUCUGAUGCAGACUCAGCUUCUGUGGCUCCGUUUACUGUGGCCAUGUGCUCUGGAUGUGAGAUGUUACUGAUCCUUCUGUUCUACAAGGCUAAGAAAAGAUGUACCCUUAACAUAGAAGAAAAAAGAAUGAAAAAUCCCCCAGUCUAA